UUGCACAUCAUUAUGUCAAGUGCACAAUCUUUGAAGAAUAUUGACAUAAAUGUAUACUUCGGUGGACACCUUUACAAUCCUGAAGGGAUUGACGGAUUCCCAUUUAGAGGGGAGGGUAUCGAAUGCUACUACAUGAUGUUACGUCGUAAGUUGAAGACGUUGACUGAUUUGAAGAGGAAAAUAAUGGACGAAUUGAAAUUGAACCCUGCUUGGUAUGACAUCAAGAUUAUUUAUCGUUGCCCACAAGAAGUUCUUCAUGAACGGAUAAAUUAUGGGUAUAUGGCGAUUAAAGAAGAUAAACAUGUAAAGAUGAUGUUUAAUAGGAUCCAGAAAAUGCCCCAAGUAAAUGCUGCUGAGUUGUAUGUAAGUUUGGAGGCGAGUGUAGACAACAGUACUGAGGUGGUGCAAGAAACAUCUACGGCUUUACAAUUUACAACCCUAGAUGAUGGAUGCACUACAAUGGGAGGGUAUGCAAUGGGAGGUUAUACGCUGUCAUCUCAAGAUUAUGUUGCGAAUACUGGUGGAACCCUCUACUCUCAAGAGACACAUUUAGAGGAGGAAGACGAAGACGAAGACGAAGAUCAUGCUGCGAAUGAUGGUGAAAAUAAUGAUGAUAUGGAUCAGUACGAAGAGAGGAUUGAGCGAGGUGACUUUGAGAACGAUCAUGAUACAGAUACGACCACUGGCUACAGACCUCCUGCGGACUCAUUCUACGCAAAUACUUGGGAAAAUAUGGUUGAUCCUUCACGUCUUCAGAUACCAUAUCUUUGUACUUGGCAAGAUGGGAUGCAUUUUUGUAAAGGGUUGACUUUUGCAAAUAAAGCUGCGGUGAAGCGUGCAUUGAUAAUAUACGCAGCAAAGGAUAAUAGAAAUUUCUCCAUCCAAAGGUCGAGCACAACUGAAUUGUGCGCCGCAUGCAUUGACGACAAUUGCAAGUGGUACGUUGGGGCAUACAUGAAGCCUAAAUUCAAUGGUCUGUGGAUGGUCACGUCUUAUGUGGGUCCACACAGUUGUAUACCCUUUGGGCUGCAAAGAGAUGGUAGAAUGAUGGAUUCUAAUUUUGUUGCAUCAGAAAUUGUGGGAAGAUUGCGAAAAAAGCACACUGCUACUGUUGAUGAGCUUUGGGAGAUCAUCCGUACUAAGUAUGAUCAUGAGCUUUCUUACUAUAAAGAUUCGGGUACCCAGUAUAGCUAUCACACCAUACCUAAGCCAUUAGAAGGUACUACGUUACUGCGCUAUGUAUAUUGGGCAUUCGCUCCAUGCAUUGCUGCAUUCCAGUAUUGCAGGCCAGUGAUCAGUAUUGAUGGAACUCAUUUAUAUGGUAAAUACAAAGGGGUAUUGAUGAUUGCAAUGGCAACCGAUGCUAAUCAAAAGGUUUUGCCUAUCGCCUUUGCUGUUGUGGACAAGGAGUCAGGGGCUAGUUGGGGGUGGUUUUUAGAGUGUCUCAGGACUUCGAUAGAGCGUGUUAUUGAAAACAAGGAUAUUUGCAUUAUUUCUGACCGACAUAAAGGUAUCAAAUGUGCCAUUCGAGAGUGGCCUAGAGGGCAAGGCGGAAGAGAACGGGUAUAUCAUCGAUAUUGCCUUCGACAUGUUGCUAGCAACUUCAACACACAUUUUAAUAACCCGACUCUAAAGGCAUUGGCCUUGAAAGCUGGAUAUGCGACUUGUGAUGCUAAAUUUGUGUCUAUAAUGCAAACCAUUAAGGAGGCCAAGAUUAAUUUACUGAGGGGUGUAGACCCUACUGAUCGCCGGAUUAUACGUUAUAUGCCAUACACAUAUCUAAUGAGUGAGGAUGUAGACAAAUGGACCCAGUCACAUGAUGGUGGAAGACGUUACGGGGCAAUGACAACCAAUAUCUCUGAGUGCUUUAAUGGGGUUCUUAAAGGUGCCCGCGGUUUGCCCAUUGCUGCAAUGGUUGAGUUCACUUAUUUUAAACUUGUUGCAUAUUUCCACAAUCGACAUAAACAAAUUACUUCUGAUCUCUCUCGAGGUAAGGUGUGGAGUGAUUAUGCAAUGGAGAUCUAUAACAAAAAUGAGCAGAAAAUUGCAGGACACACUCUGAGGAAUUAUAAUCAUGCAGAGGGUAUAUAUCAAGUGGUUACCCCGUAUAACGACCAUAGAGCUGGAGGGAGAAAUCACAGUCAUGAUGUGCGCAUAUUUGAUAGAACCUGUGGUUGUGGAAAGUGGCAAAACUUGAAGAUCCCUUGUUCACAUGCAAUUAAAGUUCUUAAAAGUCUGCAUCUUGAUGCGCCCAGCUAUAUUGACCCAUGUUACAGUCUGAACAAUGCCAUUCUCACAUAUUCACAUAAUUUUGUGGUGCCAAAGUCAGAGUCAUUAUGGACAGACGUUCGCGGACCACGGUGGGUGCCUGACCCACGAUUGUUGCGGGCCAAAGGUCGUCCUACGAUGUCAAGAAUAAGGAAUGAAAUGGAUGGGGUACGGCGAGAACGGGGAAGCCGGAGGGAAGAUCCGGAGUUGAGGGAGAUUCAACCGAGGCAACGAUGUAGAGUGUGUCAUCAAGAGGGGCAUAACCGUAGAUGCUGUCCCAAUUCCCAUGGGGCUUCGACAAGUGGUAGUGCUAUGAACUAG